UCGCGUAUAUAAAACAUUUAGACCUGGUCUUUAGUAGCCCCAGUCAAGGAAGAACCGUCAACAUGAAUAUUCUGUGCACCGUGCUAAUCAUUGCCAGCGUUUUGGCAGCCAACGCCAAACCCAAUACGCAGGCGCAGAGUGCUUUGGAUCAGUAUCUGGUGCAUGCUCGCAGUCUGGAUACAUUCGUUUCUGAGGAUAUGACCACGCAGUGCUUCAACAUAUACAUGCCCAUGCUGAACCAAGUGGCUGCCACCUUCUCGGCCAACUAUCAGGAAUGCAUCAACACCGCCAAUGCCCAGACCGCCAAUCUGACCGCCCAGGCGGAGCAGCAGCAGAAGACUUAUCAGUCCGAUGUUUCCACACUCUGCAGUGCUUUUACCGCCUGCAACAGCAGCGAUGAUACCACCGACUUCUUCAACUGCUACGCCAAUGCGGCUAAUAAUGAUGUCUCCGUGAUCUACAACCUGGCCAGCAAUGCUGCCAGUUCGGCCAGCUCCCUGAGCUCGGGCAUCCAAGCCAUCCAGAGCACGGAGUACCAGUGCACCAAUACGACGCAAAACAACUACGUCCGUGAUACUGCUGCCACCUACGAUCUGCUGGACAAUUGCCUGAAGAACGGAGUGCCCAGCUCUACUGCCACAUCCGCAUCUGCCACUCCGACUACCUCCACCACAGACGGCUUCUUCUUUGGGCUUUAAAGCGUUAGCAUCUGGAACUUCAACAUAUCUUUAUCGAUGUUGAUGAAACCUGUGUGAAAUGUAAACCAAAAGUGAAUUUUAUGGUUCAGUAAAUAUUACUUGUUGUUACUUUGGUAGAAGUCUAAACAAAUAAUGAAAAUAUAUUGCAAAACUAAAA